GCCCGCAGCGGGGACGCGCAGCCCAGCCCGGCUCGCCUCGGCUCGCCCCUUCCUCGCACACCCCCGCGGCCCGGCUCGGCUGACGCUCUCGGCACCGCCAGCGGCCGGCCGGGCGGCUCCCGAGCACGGCCUGCGGCCGCUCUCCGCUGGCGGCGGCGGGGAGCCGCGGCGAGGAGAAAGCUGCCGCUGCGGCGGCGGCGGCGGGGGGAGCAGCCAUGUUGGAGCGGGGAAUAAAGUGACUUUCCUCGGGGAGGGAGCGCGGCCGGCGGUCCGGCGAAGGCUCUCGAGCGGCGAGGGGAGGGGGAUUCGGCUCCCGGCGGCCGGAUACCGCUCCUAGGCGGAGGAGAAGGGGAAGGAGAAGGGGCAAAGGAACCGCCCCCGGACCCGCGAAGCUCCGGCGCUGCUGGCUUCCUUAAGCCAGACUCAAUAUCGAUAGAAUGAAAAAAUUUAAGAGAAGACUUUCCUUAACCUUGCGAGGAAGCCAGACCAUCGAUGAAUCGCUGUCUGAGCUAGCAGAACAAAUGACAAUUGAAGAAAACAGCAGCAAAGAUAAUGGUGUGAGUAAUAAUGGAAGGAUCAGCUACGGUAAAGUGCAGCCCAUUGUGAAGAAUGGCAGGCCUCCAACGUCUCACAGCAUGCAUUCAUUUCUCCACCAAUACACGGGAUCUUUCAAGAAGCCCCCUUUACGGAGACCACACAGCGUCAUAGGGGGCAGCCUCGGAUCGUUCAUGGCAAUGCCCAGAAAUGGGAGCAGAUUAGAUAUUGUUCAUGAAAAUUUGAAAAUGGGGUCGGAUGGGGAAAGUGACCAAGCUUCUGGAACGUCAUCUGAUGAAGUUCAGUCUCCCACAGGAGUUUGUCUCAGAAACCGGAUACACAGACGAAUCUCAAUGGAGGACUUGAACAAGCGCUUGUCGCUGCCCGCUGACAUCAGGAUACCCGAUGGCUACCUGGAGAAGCUGCAGAUUAACAGCCCUCCCUUCGACCAGCCCAUGAGUCGGCGUUCCCGUCGGGCAUCCCUGUCAGAAAUUGGAUUUGGAAAAAUGGAAACCUAUAUCAAGUUAGAAAAGCUUGGAGAGGGUACUUAUGCCACAGUUUAUAAGGGGAGAAGUAAAUUGACAGAGAAUCUGGUAGCUCUGAAAGAAAUCCGCCUGGAACAUGAAGAGGGAGCACCAUGCACAGCCAUAAGAGAAGUGUCAUUAUUAAAAGAUCUGAAACAUGCAAAUAUUGUUACGUUACAUGAUAUUGUGCACACAGACAAGUCUUUGACUCUUGUUUUUGAAUACCUGGACAAGGACCUGAAGCAGUACAUGGAUGACUGUGGUAACAUCAUGAGCAUGCACAAUGUAAAGCUAUUUUUAUAUCAGAUUCUUCGUGGUUUGGCAUACUGUCAUAGGAGAAAGGUGCUACAUCGAGAUUUGAAGCCACAAAAUCUACUAAUUAAUGAGAAAGGAGAACUGAAGCUUGCAGACUUUGGAUUGGCAAGAGCGAAGUCUGUUCCUACAAAGACUUAUUCCAAUGAAGUUGUCACAUUAUGGUACAGACCACCUGAUGUUCUCCUUGGAUCUUCAGAGUAUUCAACUCAAAUUGACAUGUGGGGUGUCGGAUGCAUAUUUUUUGAAAUGGCGUCAGGAAGACCUCUUUUUCCUGGUUCAACUGUUGAAGAUGAACUGCACUUAAUUUUCAGACUUCUUGGAACUCCAUGUCAGGAAACAUGGCCAGGCAUUUCUUCCAGUGAUGAAUUUAGAAACUACAACUUUCCUAAGUAUAAACCACAACCUCUCAUCAACCAUGCACCAAGGCUAGACACGGAAGGAAUUGAAUUGAUAGCGAAGUUCCUUCAAUAUGAAUCAAAGAAGAGAAUUUCAGCAGAAGAGGCCAUGAAACAUGCGUACUUCAGAAGUCUCGGAACAAGAAUACACACUCUGCCUGAAAGUGUUUCAAUAUUCAGUCUAAAAGAGAUUCAAUUGCAAAAAGACCCUGGCUUUCGAAAUUCCACUUACCCAGAGCCCGGACAUGGGAAGAACAGAAGGCAGAGCAUGCUUUUCUAAAGGGGGCAGUGCAGAGUCAAGCCCAAGCCUAUCCUGUCGAUCAAGGACUCGGAUCCAAAGGCAGUGCUUUCUGUUGGUGGACUUGGAAUCGCAGUUUGUCUACACUGUCCUCUUAACAGUGGAGUCUUUUUAUUUCCAACCUGCAAAUUAUGUUUUUAUAUUUGUUGUCACAGUGUGACAAUUUUUUGUACAGUUGGUUUUAAGGUCUCCUCUGCCACUAGAGCCAGUAGGUUACAGCUGUUGAUGUAACUGUAGCUGCAAUUUUUGUGCAGGACUGAGAAACACAGUGCAUUAUUUAUUGCGGAAUCAUUGCUGCUAAAUAACUACUGUCUGUAUAGUUAACACAACAGUUCCAUGCCUGAAGAAGUUGCAAUGGCUUUAUAAUAUGUGAAUGCAGCUGUUUCUCUUGAUAAAAUGUUCUACUGCUGCGGGGUUUUUUUGUACUUCUUAAACUGCAGUGUUUCCUGGAAUGUAAACAUAGCUUUGCUUGGCUAUAGGUGAGCCAUCUUUAAUGCUCUAAGUUCUUGGCACUUAAUUCCUUAUUUAACAUUGGAAGUAUGUGUUGAAAUAGUUGAAAAAUUAUAAUGCAUAUUAUGUUUUUGAAAAGCACAUAGUGUGAAGGUUGAUUCAAACAAGUGAAAAGUAACUUUGAUUUGCUCUCAGAUCCUAUGUUAGCUAUUGAUAAAUUAGAGCAUGGAGGCUGGACGUUUUGUCAGGCUUACUCCAGCAUAACAUAUUUGCACAUUGUUGUGCAUAUGGGGCCUGCAGAAACAAUAACUUUUGUACCUUCUUUUUAACUUAGAAAUACAAAUAGUAAAAGGACAAUUCAUAUAUGUUGGACCCUGGCUUACUUUUCAUUACAGAGGAACAGGACAACUAAUUACAUAAAUAUGGGAAUAAUGUCACACUUUUCCCACUUUGUUCCUCUCCCAUUUAUGCAUUAUUCACUUGAAAUCAACUGGAAAGAUGCAAGUUUGUACUUGAGAAGAACUCACUAUGCUACAGAGCUUUUACAAUGGGAACUUAGAGAGUUUUUCAGAUCUUAGAUGUUACCUGUUUUCCAGAGAUAGUAAACAUAUUACUACUAUGCUUAUGCAUCUCAGUGAGUAUCAUAAGUACACCUUUGGUGAUGGUUACAGUAUUUUUAAGCAUUUGUGUUCACCUUUAUGAACCUAUUUGUUUAGUGCAUCUUAAAGAGACUGUAAAUCUUUAUUGGUAUAUUUUGAAAUGGUCAUGUAAAUCUUUGGCUGGUAUAUCAUGAAAAUAGUCAUAGGUAACUUAAUUUUUCCUGACAUUCACUGUAAAACGUUCAGGGGUCCUACCAUUUCUGUUCAGGAAAUCUUGUAGUUUAUUGUUAUUUAACAGUAUUAAGUGAAUUUUUGUAUAUUUCAUUUUAACUUUAUUUGUGAAUAGUGAUUGUGGCAUGUUUGGGGGUGUUUUAUUAAUAUUUCAUUGAUACUAGUAAAUUUGAAUUGGGAUUUUUUUUUUUAAUUUUAUUUUCUGGAAGAGAGAAAUUCAUGUGUAACGGUGACUAUUGGACCACUACUGCUUUUCAGCAUUUGUAAACCGGUUUUACGUUAAAUCUUGUAGACCUAACAAACUGCUGUUAUUUCUAACUGACCGACCUGUAUUAAUAUUGUACUUUUGAAAGUAUAAAUAUUAUGUGGAAUUCUUUGGUUUUGUUUUGAAAUUUAUAAUAACAAAAGCCCUGUGUUGUUAAAAAUACAGACUAAGCGAACUUGCGGUUCUUGGGGCAUUGUUGGCAGCAUUUAGCGAGGUCCGUGCGUUGUGCGAGCCCUCAGGGUCACCUCUGGCUGCUCCUUUGGUUCCUUUGGUGCAGUGGCAGUGGCAGUGCCGUGGCUCAUCCGUGGCCGAGGCUGCUCAGGACCUUUGAGUAGCGUGGUCCAGUCUCACUGCUGGUGAGCCAGCCCUGCGUGUCACACGGCCCGGGAGCGCAGCGUGAGGCUCGGACGCGCGCGGGGCUCCCCUGAUCCCAGUGUGAGCACUACGGGCGUGGCAGAGGCACCGCUGGCGCUGAUGGAAAACCUUGUCCUGAAAUAGUUGUUAUAUAUUUUUUUAUAGUUGCUAUGGAUCUGAUCUAGAUUUUAUACCGAUGAACUUUGUAGGAAAUACGUUGUAGAUGUGACAGUGUUGAAGAAAGAAGUGUCAGAAAAACAUCUUUUUUUACAGAAGUAGUGAAGAUAGACUAAAUGUUCACUAUGGAUAAAUGUGGGAUUUAGCAUUUCUAGAACAGUAGUACUUCAUAGGUCAUAAAAGAACGAGUAAUAAUGUGACACUAAUGAGUAAAGGACUUAAAGGUUUAUCUGGUAAAAUGAAGUGCAUUAAUAAACUUAGAAAGGGAUCAGAUGCAGCUAACAAAAGGAUGUUCCAUUUUAAGUAGGAAUUCAGCUUUUUUGUUACAGAUGAAAAGAUCUUCCAUAAAAUUAAAGCAGUCUGUUUAUAAAGAAUUUUUUCUAAGGACCUACAAGUGAAUCUGUGUUUUUCAUUAGGAGGUAGCUUUAAAGAACAUAUUUAAGAAACUUGGCAUCUGUUGUCAAGCCAGUUUGGGGCUUUUUAAAAUUGUCUGUUACUGAAAUUCAUGCAUCAGCAGAGACAGUUCUGUGGCAGUUGCCCAUUUGGGGCAGUAGUCAGCUAGUCUGAGGUUGCUGGGCAUCUCUGACAUUCUUUCUAUGGAAUUCUGUGCUCUGCCUCCUGCCUGGCAGAGUCAGGUACUACGGACUUGGUUUCACUGUCCCCAGAAACUGUAGGAGUGUUGGCCUUUUUGGGACAAGACCUCAAGAGUGUCAAAAACCAAGCAGAGAGUCACUAACAAUGGAUGACUUUCAGCGUUUGGGGUGACCACCUUUGCUUGACGAUGAGUGAUGAGUUAAUGAGAAAUGGCCUGCAUGUCGUGGCUGAUUUAGGUAGUUAUUUUUAGGAGAUAACUGGUGUGUCCCACCUAGCCCAGGGUAGGGCUGGCAAGGUGUGGGUGUGUGUCAGAGUCAGGUGGGCUGGAAGCCAGGCCAGAGGCAGGUGCUGGUGAUGUGCUUGCAUUCACGUGCGGGUGAAGGUUGAAGGGGAGAGAGGGUGGGUGGAGGAUGGGGAUGGACAGGAAGGGUGGGAGAUGGAAGGGGCAAACCAACAGCUCAGCAAUGCUCUAGUGGAACGUGCUUCUCAACAUGGCUGUGUUAUUUUUGUGCUGCUUUACCACAGCAUUAAGUAGCCAGAGUGUAUCCCUGAAUUGGGCAAUAAAAGUUAAAAUAAACAAUUAUUAAAGAAUCAA